AUGGCUGAAAGUCGGCAUCUGGAGCGUCGACGAACAUCGUUGCUGUCAUCACUUGAGCGUGCUGGGCAAUUUCUCACUACAUACGAGGCAGAAAGGGAUCGGCUCGAGGUGGCUCCGCGAUUGGAAAACCUGGAUGGCAUUUGGCGCGAACUAGAUGAGCUGCAAGCGGAACUGGAGGCAUCCGAGGAAAGCAGCGAGGGUAUGUCACUUAACAAUGGAAUUCGUGCAAAGUUUGAGGGUCAAUUCUAUAGAAUAAAGGCUGGUCUGAUCUCAAAAUUACCUCCUUCCAUUCCCGAUGCUGGUACUUCCUCCGUGGUUUCCUCUAGUCUAAAGGGUCUUAAGCUUCCGACGAUCACAUUACCGGAGUUCAACGGUGAUUACAAAGAAUGGCUAACCUUUCACGACACGUUCCAUGCACUAAUACAUGUCAACCGAGACGUGCCAGCAAUCCAAAAGUUUCAUUAUUUCAAAUCUGCAGUAACCGGGGAAGCUGCUCAAGUCAUUGAGUCAUUUGCGAUAAGUGCUACAAGCUAUCCACUGGCUUGGCAGGUGUUAGUCAGCAGGUAUGCGAACGAGUAUCUUUUGAAAAAGCGUCAUUUGCAGGCGAUGAUGGAGAUUCAACGUGUGAAAAGAGAAACUGCUUCAACAUUGCACGGGAUCGUCGAUGACUUCGAACGCCACACAAAAAUACUACGACAACUUGGAGAACCUGUGGACGCCUGGAGCACCAUGCUAGAGCACUUACUUUGUGUGCGCCUUCCAGAUGAAACCCUGAAGGAAUGGGAAGUUCACGCUUCUACGACAGAGAAUCCUUCCUACGCAGCGCUUAUUGAGUUCCUACUCCGGCGUAUUCGUGUACUAGAAUCCAUUUCCGUAAACCACGUAAACCAAGCUGGUUCACAAUACGCAGCAUCUACCCAUGUGUCAGUAAGUCAAAGGUCCUCCCAUAUAAGAUCAACGUCUAGCGAUGCGGUUGAAAAUUUUUCCAUCAAAUGUUACGCGUGUGAGCAGCACCAUCCAUUGGUAAAGUGUAUCAAGUUUGGUCGUAUGAGUGCAACUGACCGUUUAAGUCUGGUUAAUAUCAAUCGGUUGUGCUUAAAUUGUUUUCGAAGUGACCAUUUCUCCAGAAACUGUCCAUCAAAAUACACCUGCAGGUUUUGCAAACGACGUCAUCAUUCCCUCCUCCAUUCCGGGUUCGGCGAUAAUUAUAGUCAGCGUUCGGCCAGUGCAUCUACUAAUGUGCAUUCGACUACAACGGGUGAACGUUCCUCAACACAGGUCGUUUCUGCAGCUUCUGCUAUCCCAGUGAAUGUUAAUAGUAGUCUACCACAUAAGAAGACAGAGAAAGGUAUGUUUAUGUUGACAGCGGUCGUGGUAGUUACUGAUCGUUAUGGACAGGAGCAUUUUGCACGCGCUUUACUUGAUUCCGCUUCCCAACCGAAUCUGAUAACUGAACGGAUGGCCCAAAUUCUGCGACUGAAGCGAAACAAAACGAAAAUUGUCGUCCAAGGAGUUGGAGAGCAAUGCCAAAAUGUUAGGGAAUCAAUGCAAGUUAACGUUUCAUCUCGAAAAGAGGACUUCACAGUGAAUGCUGAAUUUCUUAUUCUCCAGAAAAUCACCUCCGAUCUACCAAUGCAUAGCGUUGCGAUUGAUCAGUGGAAUAUUCCAUCCAACUUGUUUCUAGCGGAUCCACAAUUUUUCAAGCGGGCGCCGAUUGACAUGAUUCUAGGAAUCGAGCACUUCUUCUCAUUUUUUAGAACAGUAGCGAGAGUUCAAUUGUCAAAAUCUCUUCCAAUGCUUGUCGAGAGUGUUUUUGGUUGGCUUGUCUCCGGUUCAACACAAUUAUCGAGUACAACAGAGCAGCAUUCACCGAGUAAAAUUGUUGCGGUGUCUCUAUGCAGUUUAGAAGAUAGUAUUGAAAGAUUCUGGAAGGUUGAAGAAUUGCAAACCCGAUCCGACUAUUCGUUAGAAGAGAAACAUUGCGAAGAACUAUUUUCAUCUUCUACAACAAGGACCGUUGAUGGACGUUAUAUAGUACGUCUGCCCCGCCGUGCUACGUUUGAUGAACUGAUCGGAAAUUCAAAAUCAACAGCGCUGCGACGAGUCCAUGUGCUAGAAAGAAAAUUAGAACAAAAUCCGGAGCUGAAGGAAGACUAA